AUGGUCGGUUAUCUGCUUUCGAGUCGCGAUGUCUUUGGAAGAAAGAGUUUAUUAUGGAUUCGCACUGAAGACUGUUUAAUUUUGUCCCAGUCCAUUACGUGUUUCAAAAAGACUUGGUCGGAAAUACCCUCGGGUUCGAUUUCGGUGAUAAAUUUUGAUAAUUAUGCCAGUAUUUGGCAUUCUGUUAACUUUUAUUCUGUUCGAGAGAUAAAUAAUUGUUUAUGGGUUAAGCAAUUCGUUGAUCUAAAAUUCACCUGGAUUAAAAAUAAGGCCUCGAAACUUUUGGUUGUCAAUCGUGAACUUGGUUCGACAGAUUGUGAUAUUGUCAGCGAAAUGGUCGAGCGUUUGUGUAAUGCAGUGCGGUUUUGUUGUUCUGAUUUGGAUUCAAACAGUUCUUUAGCAGUUUUGUUUAGUGGAGGUGUGGAUAGCCUAUUAAUAGCUGUUAUUACUGCUUUUGUUAUUCCUGAAAAUAUUAUUAUCGAUCUGAUCAAUGUUUCUUUCGAUGAAAAAGAUUAUAAUCUUGCUCCAGAUAGGCCUCAUGCUAUCGAAGCCUAUUUGUAUUUACUUUCGCAAUUUGGUAAUAGUCGUUUCCGAUUGAUACUGGUUAAUGUAGAUGGUAAUGAACUAGUCCGUUGUCGUCAGCAGCAUAUUGCUUAUUCCAUUGCUCCAUCAUUGUCAGUUUUGGAUGAUUCUGUUGGAUGUGUUUUAUGGUUUGCUGCGAGAGGGUCUGGUGUGCUUUACGGCUCAAAUGAUUCAACGCAAGUGAAAUCCAAUGCAAAGAUUGUGUUAGUCGGCAGUGGAGCUGAUGAAAUAUUCGGAGGUUAUUUGAGUCAUCGAAGCGCAUAUGAGAAAUAUGGAAGGUUGGGUGUUAUUGAUGAACUUCAACGUGAGAUGUACCGAAUAGGCGAAAGAAAUUUGGGUCGUGAUGAUAGGGUGACAAGCGGUAUUGGGAAAGAUGCAAGAGCACCUUUUCUUGAUGAUCGCUUCGUGGAAUGGUUGAAUAGCCUUCCCUUGGAAGCAAAGGCAGAUUUUACCAAAGGACGAGGAUUUGGUGAAAAAAAGCUAAUACGCAAAGCUCUUGAAAAUUUUGGAUCACCGCAAUCUCUCUACAAUGCUCCGAAACGAGCAAUGCAGUUCGGUGCAAGGAUAGCAAAACGAGAAAAACGAAAAGAAAAAGCUAAUGAUAUUUGUGACCGAAUUCUUGAAAGCCUGAAUAAUGGGAGCAUAUAG